AGUGCUGACCUGACCUGAAAAUGACUGAGAUGGAGGAGGAGACCUUGUGCCGGUGCUUCCUGAGCAGGUUUGUGGAGGAUUUCCCCAUUGCUUUGGAGGAAGAUCGUCCAUUGCCUGUCAGCCCUYUGAGCCACAAAGUCUCCUUGGAAGAAAUUCAUGGAGAAAGCCUGGACUUUGGGCUGAGGCUGCUUUCUGCCAGGGAUGCUCCUUCAGGCCUCAGUGCCCUCCUCUGCCAAGCAGCUCUGUCCCAGCUUCUGAAAGAAGACCUGUUACCUUUCCGCUGCUGCUGUGAAGCUGAGGCCAACCAGGAAGAGCAAGGAAAAGUAGUCCUCUUUCAAUCAGAAGCAGUCCAACGCCUCUUCUUGAGGAAGCUGAUAGAUGUAGCUGUGACAUGGCUUCGAGAACUCCCCAAGUUGCCCUCUUCUGGCUCUCGCACCUUCCAAUGUUCUAUUUAUUCCAUCAAGAACACAAGGAGGAAGAUGGAAGACAAGCAUUUGGCCCUAGCUGAAUUCAACGAGCUCUUUGGUAUCCAGGAUGGAGUUCAACGUGCCUUUUAUGCUGUGUUUGAUGGCCACGGAGGGGUUGAUGCUGCCAUUUAUGCUGCAACUCACCUUCAUGUUGCUCUGAGUAAACAGGAGAUGCUUCAAAAGGACACAGCAACUGCUUUUAAAAGAGCCUUCAAACACACAGAUGACAUGUUCAGAGGCAAAGCCAAAAGAGAGCGUCUGCGAAGUGGUAGUACAGGAGUGGCAGUGCUAAUUCAAGGACAGGAGUUGACUGUGGCUUGGCUCGGAGACUCCCAAGCAUUACUGGUCAGAAGUGGGGAAGUUGUUACACUCAUGGACCCCCAUAAACCAGAGAGAGAGGAUGAAAAACAGAGAAUUGAAGAUCUUGGUGGCUGUAUUGCCUACAUGGGCUGUUGGCGAGUUAAUGGCACAUAUGCUGUUUCCAGGGCAAUUGGUGACUUUGACCAGAAGCCUUAUGUGUCCGGAGAUGCAGACUGUUCAACAAUCCAGCUAUUGGGUGAUGAGGACUACGUGCUGCUAGCAUGUGACGGCUUCUUUGAUGCAGUCAAACCAUCAGAGGUUCCAUAUAUGGUUGUGGAAGCACUCCAGCAGACUGCUGGAGAAUGUUUUCCACCAGAGUCCUCUGAGGUCAGUGUGGGACAGAAGGUGGCACAGAAAUUGGUAGGUGAGGCCAAGGCAGCAGGAUCUACCGAUAACAUUACUGUGAUGUUGGUGUUUCUACGUCCACCAGAGCAACUAUUGGUUCAACACUGCACCUCUGGAACUGUGAAAGCUUCUCCACCACAUGUUGCUGCCCAAAUACCAGGGAACCAAACUCUUGUUUGACAUGGCAUUUGUAAGGCUGUUAGAUAUCCUGGAUACAGGCGUUAACACACACAAGAACACAGCUGAAUACAGAGAAAAAUGGAUUCAUCUCCACUCAGGUCACAUCUGACUGGUCUGUAAAGGCCUUUUUGCACUACAAGGCCUGGCCCAGCCUUGCCUUGCCUGGUCUGGCCUGGGUUCAAACCCGGGUUCCACAUGUUUGCAGUAGCCCUUAUGGCCCAGUUCCGUCUUGAUUUCUAGAACCGUGACACCUGUGGUUUUAUUUGAGCCAGGCUGCUUGGCCCGAGCUCAGCUAUAUAAUAAAUGUAGCAAGUUACUAAGCAACAAUAAGCUACCAUUAGCUUACUAGAUUCUGCCAUCUUGCCCUCUUGUUUUCGGUUUCAUACUGUUGGAUGGUCAUGUACUGUCUUUGAUACUUGCCCUUCAAGUUUGGUUUAGUCCAUUGUUGUGUCCCAAAUAAUAAUAAUAUUAUUAUUAUUAUUAUUAUUAUUAUUAUUAUUACAACAACAAUAAUAAUAUUAAUAUUAAGGUCCCUGGCCACAUCAAGACGGCUCUCUGUUCUAAACAAAUACAACCAGGGCUGGGGUAGAAUAAGGCCAGGCUGACUGACGCCUAGCAGAACCAGACCUUUUAUUGCAAAAAUGCCAUUAGAUGGUGGAGUCACUUUCACAAGAUUUUUAACUCAACCUCCAAAUUUUCCCUAAUGUCAGUUAGCCAUAGUCACAGGUUUAACGGAGACAGAGACAGUACAUGUUAACAAAUGUGCAUUUAGAUGUGAUUUAUAUAACUUUAGCAUGUGCGCACUUAUUCCAUCCUCUGUUUCCUAACAUGUAUCAAUCACAUCUUUGAACUGCACAGUUAUAUUUUUUAAAAGCUUUAGCAGUGUUUUUAAAGUAGAGGUUUGGAUGCCUGAGGAGAUCAGUUUUCUCAUCCUGUCCCAUAACAUAAGACCAAGAGUAUUUAAUCUACGCAAACUGGAAAUCAGUUUUCACUAAUUACUAAGAAUUGUUCAAAAUUGUUUUUUGCAUUUUAUCAUACAGCAGCAUAAUUCAUAUGAAUGAAUCUAAAGGAAGAUAAUGAUAAUAUUUUCAUAUAUACCAGAACAGCAUUAGUAGUAAGAUUUAUUUCUUGAAUUUUAUUUUGUCAGUGACAGAUAGUCAGUCAGGACCUAACAGUUAAUUUACCUUUAACCUGGACAGGAUUGUGUUUUGUCAGUGACAGAUUUAGGCAGAGCAAUGUCUUGUUGCAAUUCAUCUUGUCCCAUUUACCACAGAUUUUGCUCCUGGGCUUUGAUUUAUUAUUAUUUUUUAUUAUGUUUGAGUAAGUUUCACUUGCGGGACAAACUUUUGUUUUAAAGUAUACAGCAUGUGCAUCUUAUUUUUUAUUCCUCUUUUUAUUCUUUUUAGAUGUAUGURUUUUACUAUGUUUUAAUACAAUUAUUGAUCAUCUGAAUUUAUCAUUUGUAUUUGCUUUGUAUUUGACAUGAAUUCAAGUUUGUGACAAUUAAAAUGCAUUCAUUUAAUAUUUGCAAAAA